AUGGACACCAACGCGCUUCUUAAUCUCGUCCACACGGCGCAGGGCCAGCUUUGGGUUGACAAGGUGAAUGAAGCCCACAUAACAGGCCGUCUUUGCCAGUGGGUGUCAACUUUUCAUCCGGAGAAGCUUCCCUGUGGACUUGACGGUACCUUUCACCAUGGCGCAUUUAACGCUGGCAUGAAGAUGGUCUUCAGUGACAGCACGACCUGGAUGGUUCGCUUCCCUCGUUUUGGGAUGGUCUGUGAAGACUACACAGACGAGAAGGUUGCUAUGGAAGUGUCUGCCCUAAAUCUCAUCCGCAACACGACUACCAUUCCCGUCCCAACAGUCCGGGCUUGGGGUCCCGCUGCCAGUAACAGACUUGGUCUAGGUCCUUUUAUCAUAAUGGACUUCAUAAACGGUGUGAGCCUUAGCAGCCUUCUCCAGGACCCCAACGCCGAGCCUAGCAGAGUCAUGAGGGACGAUAUCAGCGAUAGUGAUAUUGAGGUUAUCUACAGGCAGUUAGCGAAUUUCCUACUUCAACUUUUCAAACUUGAUUUCGACCGGAUCGGCAGCCUGCCAUCGCCACAGACUGAAAGUCAAAGCCCUACACCACCGCGGCCGUUAACAUUCAAGGCACAAACUAUCCUACAAGACGGAGGAGUCGAUACUUUCGGUGACCGAACCAAAGGGUUUGCUACGACAACCGAGUAUUUUCGGUAUAUCAUAGGACAGGAUUGGAAGCAGCUUGUUCAUCAACCAAACUCAACUGUUGGUUUCUAUGAUGCUCAAAACAAAUAUGUCGCGUUUAAAGUUCUAGAGAGUCUGAUACCUGAAUUUAUCAACGCAAAGUAUGACCGUUGCAAGUUCAAACUAAUCUGCGACGAUCUCGGCUUGGCAAAUCUGAUUGUCCGUGGCACGGAAGAUCUCACUAUCGUUGGAUUAGUGGACCUUGAAUGGUCAUAUAUUGGACCCGCCCAACUGUUUGGCUCGGCACCGUGGUGGCUUCUCCAAGACAGGCCUGUUAACAGAACGUGGGAUUGCGAGGGCGAAGAGCUGCCUAAGAUUGGGUCCCGGUACCUCAGAUACUUAGAGAUUUAUAUACGUAUCUUGGAGGAGGAAGAGUUGAAGAUGCAAGGGCACGAAGAGAGAGAGCUCUCCAGUCUCGUCAAGUGGUCGCAAACCUCCGGGGCUAUGUGGUUGCAUAUGCUUCUCUCAUCUGGAUUUAACGACGAACAUAGCUUUCCUUUUACGCAGCUGCGUGCGCAUCUGGGGGCUACUGAGUGGAUAAGGCGUGGGAUGGAGUUCGACAGCCCAAAAGAGCUUGAGGAAUUUGCGACGCGGAAAGUCAGAGAGAUGGAUAUGUAUGAAGGAGCCUUAGAGGAGAUGGAAAAGAGCAAGGCGCUCGUGGACAGUGGGGAUAUGACAAAGGAGAAGUUCAUUGCCAACCACGAGCAGCGUCAUUUAUAA